UCGAGACUCAACUUCCGGGGCCAGCUGUGCAUUUGUUUCCGCGGGCCUUGCUUGGAUCAUUCGCAACGCCAGACAAAUCCGGCCGAGCAAGUUCAUCUUUCCACAUCCUCCCUCUCCACGAUAAAACCAUGUCGGCCGCCGCCGUCUCCUACAAGGAACGGCAGUUCCUUGCUGUCAUCGGCGAUGAAGACUCCGUAACUGGACUACUCCUCGCGGGUAUCGGUCACGUCACAGAUGGGCCGGACGCGCAACGAAACUUUCUUGUGGUAGACUCGAAGACGGAAACCUCUGCUAUCGAAAAAGCAUUCCACAGCUUCACGCAGGAGCGACAGGACAUCGCCGUCCUGCUCAUCAACCAACAUAUCGCGGAGCGCAUCCGCCACGCCGUCGAUUCAUAUGCCGAGGCUUUCCCCGCGGUCCUCGAGAUCCCCAGCAAGGACCAUCCUUACGAUCCCGAGAAGGAUAGCGUGUUGAAGCGGGUGCGCCGACUCUUUGGAGAGUAAAUCAGGGACAGGAGGGACUGGAGGUUGUCCACUAGGCACAAUCAAUACAAGACUGGAUUUUCGGCCGACCGUGCUGCAUACGCUUCCACUACUAUCUGUUGCUCCUUUACCUGGUCGCUCCCGCACUGUUAUGGAGAACGAAUGGCCCCAGAGCGGGAGAAAGAUACCCAUGAUAUUUGUUCAUAGAAUUACACCUCAUCUGUCAAUGUUGCAAGAGCGUUGCUGAUAUUCGGAACCGGUCUAAUGGUAUUAGUUUUCUAAACUCUGACUAUGGGGUCUAGCAGUUUGAUCUUUGAUACACUAGCGGACAAAGUCUCCUCAUUUGAUCUUGGUACACAUGCUAUUAGUACUAUGGUGACAGGAGGCCCAACAGUGAAC